CUGUCACGUGGUAUGUAAAAUAGACUGGACUGUGUAUUUUCAUCUUUACGAACGAGGUCUGUAAGAUGAAUAAAAUUGUAAACCGUUCUAAAAAUUCCAACAUGGAGGAUAUCCAAGGUAAACAAAUUUCUAUCCUUGAGGUAAAAACAUAAAUCUUGUGCAAUUAUAAUGAUGGAAGGACGUGUAAAGACUAGACAGCAUGGAGCUAUACCGAAUACACUCGGCAGACAAGUCGGAGUAUUACCGAUAAGUGGGGGAACAAAAAUACGACGGACAAAUGGGGAUAAAAUACCAAUUGGUGGCACAGACAUUUCACCAGAUUCAUAUACAUCUUAUCAGUCAAGACCGCCAUCAGGUUCUUCAAGUCAGGUUUCACGUGGCCAGUCAUCUGCUAGUAAACCUCAUGGGUCAUCAUUAAGCAAGACUAGGAAAGUUCAUAGUGAGAAUGAUUUAGAAUCAAUGUAUUCAGAUGUCUCAACAGGUGGAGAUAAAAAAAUUGGCGGGUCCAGAAAUGCUAGCAGCACUAUGUCAUCUUCUAGAGGUCAAAGCUCAAAGUUCACCUCAAAUUCUUUAAAGAAAUCUCCCGGUAGUUCAAGUUCGAUUUCCAGUCAGUAUGGCGAGGUAGAUACAGAUAGAUUUGACAACCAGUCUACAGUAAGCAGUGCAAGAUCUUCAUAUUCAUCAAGAGCACCAAGCUCUCGCAUAUCACCGGCAAGUUCUAGAUCUAUGUCAACUAAAGUUUCUCCAGGGGCUACUAGUGGUAAGCGUUCAGCUAGAAGGAGUUCUGGUACCAGACCGAAUGAUGAUAUAGACGAUGAUGAUAGAGGAACUGCGGAGGAACAAGAUAUUAGAUUCACAGAUGUGCCAUCACAAAGGUCAAAAUCAAGCUCAAAAAAUAAAAGGUCUCCAGGGUCAGUGCCGGGGUCAGCUGGUCAAAGACCACAGGAAAAUGGAAAAAAGCCAUACAAAACAAUUGACCCAGAGGAAAUUCUUGCCCAAAAUAUGGAGUCUGAUUUUCUGAAGAUCUAUGAAAUAAAUCUACAUGCAUCAGAAAUUACUAAUAUAGACAAUAUGGAUAAGUUUAAAAAGGUGAAAGUGCUAGAUUUAUCCUGUAAUUUUAUUGAACAAGUGCAAAAUCUUGACUUUAAUAGGGAUUUAAAAGAACUUAAAUUAUAUGAUAACAGAUUGAGAAAGAUAGAUGGUUUAGAAAAUUUGAAGGAUCUGAGCAGUUUACAGCUUCAGCAUAACAAAAUCAAAUCAAUAGGAAAAGGGCUUCACAGCUUGAAGAAAUUAAAGAAUCUACGAAUAGACUGUAACCAGUUGUUGAAGAUAGAAACAUCGGAACUUUCAAUAUGUGUUCAACUUACCACGUUAGAUAUCAGCUAUAACAUGUUAGAUAGCCUUACAGCAUUAAAUUACCUACCAAAUUUAGAGGAAGUGAAUGCAUCAGGAAAUCGUUUAAGAUCUGUGUCAGAUAUAAGCAAAUGCAAGCGUCUGAGUGAGAUAGAUCUAUCUGGAAACAGGAUCACAGAUUUGUCCGGUCUACGUGGGCUUCCAAAACUUCUAACUUUAAACAUUUCCAACAAUCAGCUCACCAGCUUAAAAACAAUGGGCAGAUUAAAAUGUUUACAAGAUCUUUUAGCCAGUGGGAAUCGUAUUAGUGAGUUAUCUACAGUUGCUACACAGUUACCUGCCCUUGAAGUGCUGGAUUUAAUCAACAAUGAAAUUACAGACUGGGAUGAAUUUUAUAACUUAGAGGAGAUGACAGAACUUGUGGAGCUAUUUAUAUCUGGGAAUCCUUUUUGUGCUCAAGAUGGCUCCAUGCCUCAUUACUUCUCAGCUAUACAGGCUGUCCUACCAGAUCUAGAAAUUAUUGACGGAGCUCACAUUAAGAAACAUGUAUCUAAAGGUGCGCCUUUAAUGAGGCCAAUGACUGCCUCCACAAUUGUUAGCUUAAGACAAAUGGAUAGCCAGAUGAAAAGUUCUGAUGAUCAAAUGAGAAGUUUGGAGCAGAGUCUGGAAGAAAAGUUUGCCUCAAUCAGAGCAACAUGUGAUACCCUACCAGCAGAAUCACCAAGAGACAGUUUUAAUUUUGGAGCAUCAAGUCGGGAGAGCUCGGCUUUCUCAAGUCGGUGUAGUAGCAGAUCAAGGAUCCUUGAAGCUCGAAAAUUUGCUGCCUCUGUGAAUAAAAAAUAAAAUUACAAGGUUCCUUGAAAGUUAGAAAAUUUGCUGCCUCUGUGAAUAAAAAAUAAAAUUACAAGGUUCCUUGAAGCUCGAAAAUUUGCUGCCUCUUGUGAACAAAAAGUGAAUUUCCAAGUUUCUGAAAGUCAGAAAAUAUGCCAUUCUCUAACAUAAGAAUUAACUAAAUCUGGAGGAUCCACUAAGCUUAUACAGUCACUGCAAUUAUUUUAGUGGAAUAAAUAACUUUCCAAAUUUUAAGGAUAUUUUUAGCUUAAAUAUUUACUGCCUCCGUUAAUAGGAAAUUUACAUGUCAAGGAUCCUUGUAUCACAUAAGUGGACUUUUUCAUGAAAUAACAUAAUAAAAUAUAAGAUUUGUUUUUCAUCAAAUAAAAUUUAUUGUUAUUUAGUUAAUUAUUUAUUCACAUGAAACCCAUGUGAAAUGUGAUAAUGCAUUCUUGCAUGCAAUUGAUGAAUUUAUUGGCUUAUUAACUUAAAGGUACAUUUUGCCUCAGAAAUUCAUAUCUUUUUAAUUCUUUAGAAAUGUCAAACAUGUGUUUCAUAAUGCUUAAAUAAUGGAUUAAGAGCAUGUUAGAUGUUUAACAACUGUAAAAAGCAGCACUGAACAUGCAGUAAUGUGUUUGUAAAGGACAAAGUAGUAUUUUUUGACUUCCAUACAAAAUACUAACUCACUAUAAAUAUACCAAUUGCCAACAGUGCAAAAGAUCCAAUAGAUAGUUCAUGUAUGUAGCAAAUUAGUAUAUUUUUUUUUUUGAAAACUGUAACAUUUAUAUACCAAAAAUUAACAUGUUUUUGAGAAAUAAAAUGAUAGCAUUUCUGAGGCAUAAUGGGCCUUUAAGGUAUGUUUAUAGGCUUAUAAACUUAAGUUUUGUAACCCAAUUGAGUAACGUUUAUUGGUUUACUAAACUAAAUAUAUAGGUUUAUUUAGAUAAGUUUUAUAGACAGACUUGUUAAGUUUAUAGGGUUAUUUAGUUAAUCAUAUGAGGUUUUAAGUUAAUUUUACAGGCUUAUUUAUUUGAGUUUAUUAGAUACCAAGUUAAGUUUAUUGCAUUUGUUUCCCUUCAUUAAAUCAGAUUAGUGCUUUAUUGUAAAUAUGAUAUAGCAGUUCUAUUUAAUUCUAGGAACAUUUUUAUUAAGAAACUAAUAAAGGAGCUAGGCACAUGCUUGACCUAAGUAUAGGCAUAAAGGAGUUUAGAUAGUGUCUUUUUUACCAAACAAUCAUUGUGGGACUUAAUUGUUACCAAUAUAUAUGUGUAUAAUGGACUAGUCCUACUAUUACAUUCUAAAUGUGAGGGUUAGACCUUAUUUGUCAGUUAUCCAUAUGUGAGGGUCAGACUUCAGUUGCGAGGUUCAAUGUUCAAUUUGUCAGUUAUCAAUAUGUGAGGGCCAGACUGCAAUUGUCAUUUAUUAAUAUGUGAGGGCCAGACUGCACUUGUCAGUUAUUAAUAUGUGAGGGCCAGACUGCACUUGUCAGUUAUUAAUAUGUAAGGGCCAGACUGCACUUGUCAGUUAUCCAAAUGUGAGGGCCAGACUGCACUUGUCAGUUAUCCAAAUGUAAGGGCCAGACUACAAUUGUCAGUUAUCAAAAUGUAAGGGCCAGACUGCAAUGGUCAGUUAUUAAUUUUGUGACAAAUAAUAAUGAAUACCCCCACACCCACCCUGUUAGAUUUAUACUUUUUCUUAAGCUAUAAAUAUUUUUGAGCCUAAUUUAAUUUACUAGUACUUGACUUAAUAGAUAUGCUACUUUAAUAGUUGAGAAACUUUACAUUUUCAUUGAGUGCUUGUUUCUAUUAUAAUUCACCUAUUGUCAGGACAGGGAGAAUCUCCAUGUAGACUCAACACUGUUUCUCUACCCAGUUUUAAUACUUUUUAAAUGACAUCCUUUGAUGCUAAAAGAGAUGUUCUAAAUUUACAGCUGAGCAAGUCCAUUGUCCAGGAUUAAACUUUAUUCAGCUAAAAUCAAAGGUGAUAAGCCUUUGCCAUAGGAAUUAAGCCUUUGCCAUAGGAAUUGAGUCAUGCCAGUCUGUACGUAUGUGCAUUGACAAGACUACUCUCCCCCUUAUCAGUUCCUGUCCCAGUAAGGAAGGAAACGUCAGGGGAAAAACUGGUAAAGGGGAGAAUAGUCUGACUACAUCUGUGCAGUUUGACCAGGCUCUAUUUACUGUUGCCUCAGUAACUUCAAAUUUCAUCUUGCUAUCCCCUAAAUUGAUAAUUGACUGUUCAAAAUUAAUUUCACAAAUUCAGCUGGUUUUAACAUUUUACGGAUUUCUUACAUGCAAGAUAUUACAUAUAUAGUUAUUGCAUGUAUCAUGCAUAAAAUUUAAAUAUUUUUGUGUUAAAUGUUUGUAUUUUGUGUUAAAUAUCUAUAUAUUGUUGACUUAAAAUUUAUUUGUAAUUAUAUAUUGAAUGAAUUGAAGAGUUUGUUAAAUUGAUAUUUAUUGACAAUAAAAAUAAAA